CAUUUAUAAUGUUUUUUUGCCAUCCGGAGAUUCGCUAUCAAUAAAGGUUUUAGAGAUUUUAUCGAUUUCGUUCACUGGUCAUGUGACCACCGAUUGACCCUAAAAACUCGUACAAGAUGGCUGCGAGUUCGCAGUCAGUGUGUCAGUUCUGGAAAGACUUCGAUUUGCAGCACCUGCAGAAAGAACUUGACAUCACUGCAACAGAACUGGCCAAUCGGCAGGAUGAAAGUGACCUGUCCAGAAAGAGAUUGGUAGAACAGAGUAGGGAAUUCAAGAAAAGCACACCAGAGGAUAUUAGAAAAAUAGUGGCACCAUUACUUAAGAGUUUCCAGUCAGAAGUAGAUUCACUUUCAAAGAGAAGCAAAGCAGCAGAGGCAGCCUUUUUGUCCAUUUACAAGAGAAUUAUUGACCUCCCAGAUCCUGUUCCUGUGUUGGAGUACGCUCUGCAAAUCCAGAAGAAAGCUCACAGAGUCUCCGAUCUCGAGAUUGAAAACAAACAACUGAGGGACACUCUAGAUGAGUACAAUCAUGAGUUCGCUGAAGUGAAAAAUCAAGAAGUGACAAUCAAGCAGCUGAGAGAUCGGCUGAAGGAGUGUGAAGAUAAGAUUGAAGCUACAGCAGAGGCAAGAAGCAAAGAAAAGGAGCGGGAGUUACAGCGAGUUUUUACGGAGAAGGAAAGACAGUUGCAGGAGACACAAUUAUCAGUGGCCAAAAAACUCGGAGAGGCUGAACAGAAAGUUGCUUCUUUACAAAGCGCUUUAGAGAAUGUACAGUCCGAGUUGUUUGAGGUUAAAGCAAAAUAUGAAGAAGCCACUGCAGCAAAAUCGGAUGAAAUGGAAAUGGUGAUGUCAGAUUUGGAACGUGCUAACGAGCGAGCUGAAGCAUCUGAACGUGAAAUCGAGCAGAUACGGAGUAAGUUGACCGAGGUGACCCAGAAACAGAAACUAGGGGAGACAACUCAAGAAGCACCAGACAUGGAUCGUGCCAUUGAUAUGUUCAAACGCUCGAACCUCGAGCAUGAACUAGCUGCAAAGGAGAAAGAGAUUUCCCAGUUGGUUGAGGAUGUUCAAAGAUUGCAAAGUUCAUUGAAUAAGCUGCGAGAAGCUACCACCAGUCAGGUUUCCAAGCUUGAGGAUGAAUUGGCCACCAAGAACCAAGCCUUUAAAUUGCUGGAGGAAAAGAUCAAAUCUCAAGAAGACUAUGAGGAAAUCAAAAGGGAGCUUAGUGUGAUGAAGUCCAUUGAAUUCUCCAACAACAAGAUGGGUGCUGAUGAACCAGAUGGGGACGUUCAGCCCAAGUCCCUGGAAGUCCUUCUGCUGGAGAAGAACAAGAGCUUGCAGUCCGAGAACACUGUGCUGAAAGUUAACAACAGCGACCUGUCAGGAACUACAACACCUGCACUUUCUGAAAAUGCUGCUGCAUUUGCCUCCAUGCUAGGAGAAGAAAUAGCUUCAACCUAUCAGCGCCAAAACUCAUCCAGAAUCUCAACUCCUUCAUCACCUCCCACGCCUUCAAGCAAUGGCAUCAAAGAGGAGCCAUUGCCUGAUAAAAUGAUCCCAAAAAGACCUUUAUCCCUGGAGAGAAUGCCCAGUGUUUCUGGAGACAGUACCCCCAAUCUCCCACCCCCACCCUCUCCCCAGUUUUACCCCUACUUGAAUGGACAUGGACUCCCUAAUUAUAUGAGUAUGUCCAUGGGGAAAACUGACCCGAGUAAUUCACAGGGAAUAGACACCUCUCUAGUGGCAAAAACGGUUAGAGAACUUCUCAGUAUUCACAACAUAGGACAGCGCUUGUUUGCCAAGCAUGUGCUUGGGUUAUCGCAAGGCACUGUGAGUGAACUUUUGUCGAAGCCAAAGUCUUGGGACAAGCUUACAGAAAAGGGACGCGAGUCAUACAGGAAGAUGUACGCAUGGGCCACCGACGAGAGAAAUAUCAUGGCGCUGAAAGCAAUCUCGCCAAAGAAAGCAAGUCGCUCGGCCCUAGGUCUGAGAUCUGUGUUUAACCCUGCCUUCCCCUUCACAGGCCCCACAACUCUAGUACCUAGUGUACAGAGAGAAGACUCCCAGACCGAGGAGAGAAUUGCUCAAAUUCUGAACGAGGCUCAGCAGGCUAUGCAAAUCAAGAAGGCCAUGGAGCAGCAACAGGUUGCCCAUGCCAUGGUGAACAGUUACUACCAGCAGGAGAUGACACGACUUGCCCAAGUUACUGCCCAACAUGGAUUGACCUCCCCACACAGCUCUGCUGCCUCCAUGAUGACCAGCACAGCUUCCCUGGGCUUACCACAUCACAAAGAAUUAGAGGCCCAUCGCAGACGUGAGAGUAUAGACAGCCAAGGAUCAGCCAAAGAAAUGGUAGAGAGAAUCUACAGGCAGGAGCUGAUGAAGCUGGCUCAGGCUGCAGAGAGUGCUGGAAACAUUGCUGCAGUCACCAUGUACCAGCAGGAACUUGCGAGAUUGGCCCAGAAUGCUCAGAAGGGGGACACAGAGCCAGGGGAGAUCAG